AUGGCCUCCAAAUCUCACAACCUCGUCCUGGUUCGCACUUCACCCACCUUCUCUCAGAAGCGCACUGCCAUCAACUUCUCGCCCAUCCACAUCGCCCUCGACUCUUCUCCGGACCCCACCACCGCUACCACGACUCCCACCAUCAGCGGCAUAUCCACCGUCACCACCGCAAUCGACCCCCUCGUCCGCGGCGUCUACCUGCCAAGCAACUACACCGCCCUCGACCAGCGCACACAAGCCCGAGUCCUCCUCUCCGCCUCCCUCAUCCACGUCACCGACGCCGACUCGAGCGCCGCCCUCGCCCACACGAUCGUCGCGCAGCAGCUGCGCACCCAGGAAGUCAUCGACGCGCACGCCGCCGCGCUGCGCUACCUCGAUGCGCUGAACAAGGUGAAAGCCAAGCGGCAGGAAUUGGCCAGCUAUCUGGAUGCGAGGGCGCCGGAGGGAAGGUGUGGUAGGGAGUGGGGGCUAGGGGAGACGGAGAAGCUGGUGGCGGAGUUGGAGGGGUGUGUGGCGGUGGCGAGGGGGUUGAGGGAGGGUGGUGUGAAGAUGGGGGAGGGGAAGGGGGUGGAGGAGGAGGAGGGCCGGGGCCGGGGCGACCAGAAAGGCGACGACGACAAGGUCAAGAAGGGGAAGACGAAGAAAUCGAAGAACAAAUGGGCUGAUGCGUUUGCAGAGCUGUGA